AUUUGUUAUUGUUCUCGCGGCUGUCGGUUGUGUCAGCUCUGGCGCGCUAUAUUGUUUCAAGUUCAAAUUUUUUUUUGUUCGUUACUCCGCCUUAGCAUAGCAUACAUUUUGUACGCUUGAGAAAUUUAUAGGGAAGGAGGUCAACCUAUGGAGAGCAGCAUUUACCGUUUCUUAUAUAAUUAUCGAAUUAAAGGCGCAACAGAAUAAAUGCAGGUCACGAAAUUAUCAACAAAGAAACGCAAAUGACUGCAGUGCAGUGCCAUUAUGCAAAUUGCAGCGACAACAGCAACAAAGAACUUCAAAAGUGCCUUCAUCUCGCAUUAAAACAGCGACAAAUCGAAUUUGCAACGCGACAGCUAAAAUAAUUUCAAAACCGAACUCUUUUAAUUCCAAACAAAGACGUGAAGCAGCAGCAGCAGCAGCAUGGGUGGUGCUGGUGGUGGAGGGCUGGGCAGUGUGGGGGGUGGCAGUUUAUUGGACAUUUAUGCCAUGGCCUGGGAGCAUCUGAGACCCGGAAGUUCGCCCGUUGAUUGGUGUGAGGGCAAUUAUUUAAUAUCAUCGAAUAUAGCCGAGUUUGUGAAUACGUUUAGCAAUUUCUUAUUCAUUCUACUACCCCCCGUGCUGAUGAUGUUGUUCAAGGAGUAUGGACGCUUUGUGACCCCUGGCAUACAUGUGAUUUGGCUGCUACUAAUCGUCGUUGGACUUAGUUCAAUGUACUUUCAUGCCACAUUAAGUUUGAUUGGCCAACUGCUCGAUGAACUGGCCAUACUCUGGGUAUUUAUGGCGGCCUUCUCUCUGUUCUAUCCCAAGCGUUACUAUCCCAAGUUUGUUAAAAACGAUCGGAAAACAUUUAGUUGGCUCAUGCUGCUGUCGGCGAUUGCCGCCACGGCACUAUCUUGGUGGAAGCCCAUCGUUAAUGCCUUUGUACUUAUGUCCAUGGGUGUGCCGACCAUGCUAAUGCUAUACAGAGAGCUUCAAAGAGUCAGCGAUCAGCGUGUCUAUCGCUUGGGCAUUCGUUGCACAACCGUUUGGGCUGUGGCUGUCUUCUGCUGGAUCAACGAUCGUAUGUUCUGCGAGGCCUGGUCGUCCAUUAACUUUCCGUAUCUGCAUGGCUUCUGGCAUAUAUUCAUCUUCAUUGCUGCCUAUACGGUGCUCGUGCUGUUUGCCUACUUCUAUGUGGAAUCGGAGCUGCCGCAACGGCAGCCGCUGCUCAAGUACUGGCCAAAGAAUGAGUUUGAAUUUGGCAUACCAUUUAUAUCCAUUAGGAAUCCAGCAACAACAACCAAAAAUGACCAAACAACCAAACUAGCGUGGAAAUACCAUACAAAAAAUGCUUUAAAAAACGUAAAAUUGUUAAUAGAAUAGAUAUAGAUAUAUGUAAUUGUAGCGCACAAUGUUUAAUAGUUAUAUAUAGUAAAAGGAUAUGGAGGAGGAGAGCGGUUGUAUGGUGAAAAGCAAAAAGUCUGUUAAAGCCUGAAGGUUUGUUGUGCAAUCUGUAGGAUAUAUAAAACCAAAGAACUGUUGUUGAGUGCAAAGACAUAUCCAAAAAAAAAAAAAAGAGCAACAAAACCAAAGACGUACGUAGGAUAUUCCGGCUUAAGCCUUAACCCAA